AUGGAACGACAUCAACAAAGUCCACGAAUUCCAGAAUCGGUAUGGAAAGUGCACGAGGACACGAUACAGCGCGUAUACAUGACCGAGAAGCAGAACCUUGAAACACUCAUGGAGGGUAUGGCUGCUAUACAUAACUUUGACGCAUCGAAGAAACAGUAUCGAGGAAUAUUCCAAAAGUGGGGAUUCAAUAAGAACAACUUAUUAAACGACAUUCCUGGAAAUGACCGAAGGAGAGCAGCACAAGCGCUACCGAAACGCCUGGUUCAGGAGCCAUUUCUAAUUGUAAUAUGUUGUCAGCCUAGCCCUCCCGAGUUUAGGUGGUCUACCGAAGAAGAGAGACAACUAUGGAGAAUCAAAGUUGCCACAGAUACUAUAAUCAAAGGUUCUUUCGGGUCUACUUCUUGUAAAUGGACCUUAGACAACUUCUCUUUCUUUGCUUCGCCCAUCGGAUUAUCCUUAUCAUAUGAAUGGCAAUCACUCGAGUCCCUAUGUACAGCCAUUGCGGAUAUGUCGGGGUCUGGUGUUCAAUCACAUGGCAGGGGAUCUAUUGAACUUCUUCUCCAGCGGACAGAGGGCUUGAAGGAGACAUUGAGCCCCGAAUACUUUGUAGUUCAACUUGCUUACAUAUGGAGGAUAUGCCUCAACCUCACUAAGACACGGCUGCCUUUACCUCGCUAUACUAUACCCGACUCACAACACCCCAUUUCGAUUCACCCACUCGCUCCGAGUUUCCUUUACCGGCUGGAUCAACAAAUGCAAACCAAUUUCCGCGAAGGGGAUCCUGCACGUCAAGUUAUAUCUUCUCUCCUCGUCAUCUUGCGGAUUUCACCUCACAGAUUUAAAUCAGCUCUGAAACUCGCGUACCGCAUGUCCAUCAAGGUUUUUGAGAAUACAUUAGGACCCAGUCACACGAUGGUGGUCAAGAUGUGGUCUCACUAUAGCAGAGUCUGCGGACAGACAGUUGAGUUCAAAUUCGAGAACGAAGAUGAUGUUAUAACAUACAUCAAUACUUACAUAAAGAGCAACCCCGAUCUCGACACACCACACACGCUUUGCCAUGCGUCAGGACUGAUAGAAAUGCUGUCUUUGGAGUCCAGCCACCAAUUCAAAAACUUCAGCAAGUACUUUGCCAUGCCGCCCAAAGAAGAAGACUUAAGUCGACUGGAAGAUUUUGCGAUAUACUUGAGAGAAAAAGCUGUGGAGAAAUUGCAGGUUCUCGGAGGAUUGAAAGAUACCCUAGCAGUCGACGUCUUGGUCUAUGCAACCAAGCUGCUAGCCUUGAAACUUUACAAACGUUGGAGACCGGAUUACAGCAUUCGGCUUCUUGAUGAAGCCAUAGAACUUCUGCAACGCGGGGGCACUGAGUCCAUAGUGUGGGCCUCAACUUUGUCGAAGGAAAGACUGCACCUCCUGGCAUGCAUUUCCAAUGUCAAGGCGAAUUAG